AUGCAGUACUACGAGAAGUUCUGCAGUUUCAUGAAGGGAAUCCAGAAGGAGGUUUCCACCGAGGCCGACAAGGUUUCGACUGUAGCUCAGUCUGUGGCCUCUGCGAUUGCUCAGGAAAUGUCUUCUGUCAAAGAGACGCCCGCCGCCAAGCAGACCUCUCCAGUUCAGGAGGAAAUGCCCGCUGCCAAGCAGACCUCUCCAGUUCAGGAGGAAAUGCCCGCUGCCAAGCAGACCUCUCCAGUUCAGGAGGAAAUGCCCACUGCCGAGCAGACCUCUCCAGUUCAGGAGGAAAUGUCUUCUGUUGAAGAGACCUCUCCAGUUCAGGAGGAAAUGCCCACUGCCGAGCAGACCUCUCCAGUUCAGGAGGAAAUGUCUUCUGUUGAAGAGACCUCUCCAGUUCAGGAGGAAAUGCCCGUUGCUGAGCAGACCUCUCCAGUUCAGGAGGAAAUGCCCGUUGCUGAGCAGACCUCUCCAGUUCAGGAGGAAAUGCCCGUUGCCGAGCAGACCUCUCCAGUUCAGGAGGAAAUGCCCGUUGCCGAGCAGACCUCUCCCGUUCAGGAGGAAAUGCCCGUUGCCGAGCAGACCUCUCCCGUUCAGGAGGAAAUGCCCGUUGCCGAGCAGACCUCUCCCGUUCAGGAGGAAAUGCCCGCUGCCGAGCAGACCUCUCCAGUUCAGGAGGAAAUGCCCGCUGCCGAGCAGACCUCUCCAGUUCAGGAGGAAAUGCCCGCUGCCGAGCAGACCUCUCCCGUUCAGGAGGAAAUGCCCGUUGCCGAGCAGACCUCUCCAGUUCAGGAGGAAAUGCCCGUUGCCGAGCAGACCUCUCCCGUUCAGGAGGAAAUGCCCGUUGCCGAGCAGACCUCUCCCGUUCAGGAGGAAAUGCCCGUUGCCGAGCAGACCUCUCCCGUUCAGGAGGAAAUGCCCGUUGCCGAGCAGACCUCUCCCGUUCAGGAGGAAAUGCCCGUUGCCGAGCAGACCUCUCCCGUUCAGGAGGAAAUGCCCGUUGCCGAGCAGACCUCUCCCGUUCAGGAGGAAAUGCCCGUUGCCGAGCAGACCUCUCCCGUUCAGGAGGAAAUGCCCGCUGCCGAGCAGACCUCUCCAGUUCAGGAGGAAAUGCCCGCUGCCGAGCAGACCUCUCCAGUUCAGGAGGAAAUGCCCACUGCCGAGCAGACCUCUCCAGUUCAGGAGGAAAUGCCCGUUGCCGAGCAGACCUCUCCAGUUCAGGAGGAAAUGCCCGUUGCCGAGCAGACCUCUCCCGUUCAGGAGGAAAUGCCCGUUGCCGAGCAGACCUCUCCAGUUCAGGAGGAAAUGCCCGUUGCCGAGCAGACCUCUCCAGUUCAGGAGGAAAUGCCCGCUGCCGAGCAGACCUCUCCAGUUCAGGAGGAAAUGCCCGUUGCCGAGCAGACCUCUCCAGUUCAGGAGGAAAUGCCCGCUGCCGAGCAGACCUCUCCAGUUCAGGAGGAAAUGCCCACUGCCGAGCAGACCUCUCCAGUUCAGGAGGAAACGCCCGCCGCCAAGCAGACCUCUCCAGUUCAGGAGGAAACGCCCGCCGCCAAGCAGACCUCUCCAGUUCAGGAGGAAACGCCCGCCGCCAAGCAGACCUCUCCAGUUCAGGAGGAAACGCCCGCCGCCAAGCAGACCUCUCCAGUUCAGGAGGAAACGCCCGCCGCCAAGCAGACCCUCUCCAUUCAGGAGGAAACGCCCGCCGCCAAGCAGACCUCUCCAGUUCAGGAGGAAACGCCCGCCGCCAAGCAGACCUCUCCAGUUCAGGAGGAAACGCCCGCCGCCAAGCAGACCUCUCCAGUUCAGGAGGAAACGCCCGCCGCCAAGCAGACCUCUCCAGUUCAGGAGGAAACGCCCGCCGCCAAGCAGACCUCUCCAGUUCAGGAGGAAACGCCCGCCGCCAAGCAGACCUCUCCAGUUCAGGAGGAAACGCCCGCCGCCAAGCAGACCUCUGCAGUUCAGGAGGAAACGCCCGCCGCCAAGCAGACCCCUGCAGUUCAGGAGGAAACGCCCGCCGCCGUGCAGACCCCUCCAGUCCAACAGAUGGCUUCUCCUGCCCUCGAUCCAAAAGCCCAGAAGAAGGCCGAGCAGCAGCGCCUGAAGGAGGAAAAGGCUGCCCAGGCCAAAAGGGAAAAGGAGGAGAAGGAAGACAUGAAACGUCGCCAGCAAGAGGAGAAGAAGCAGCAGCUCCAGCAAAAAGAGCAGAAGGAAGCGAAGAAAAGGGAACAGGAACUCCUCAAGCAAGAGAAGGCAAAUCAGAAAAGCGCCAACAGAAAGAGGAAGGCCAAUUCUAAGGAAAGCGAGGUGUCCCCGAAGAAAAUGCGCUCCUCAGCAGAGGCCGAAGACAGACGACUUAAUUUUCAGCAGAGGGAUGAGAAUCCACUUUUUAUAAGCAAGAGAAGGCCUUUGGAAACAGUAAAAGGAAAAGUAAACAAUACAGAUUGCAGCACUGUGCCCGUUCUGGAGGUUGAACCAGUUCACCAGAGAAUGAUCAGUAGGCAUAAUGCACACGAUUCCCUAGGGCAGGGCUGCUCACCUAUUAUGAGCAAAGGUCCAGUUACACAAGUUCCAAUGUAUGCAGAGUCCUCUUCCUCCUUCUCCUCCUUCUCCUCCUCUUCCUCCUCGUCCUCCUCUUCCUCCGCCUCCUCCUCUUCUUCUCCCACACUAUACACACCCCAUUCUUGCAAACUAAAAGGCGACGGAGGUUCCUUACGCUCGGUCCACUUUUGGCUUGAAUUCCGCUCCCUUCCGAAUCGCUAUGCUCCUGCUUGUACUCUUCAUGAAAGUCUCUGA